AUGGUGAGUUGUGCUGCCUGUCCCUUGUCGGCUAGCAGACAAAUCGAAGAGUGGAGUCUCAUUUGGAAAGCUCCUGCUACAUACAAGGCGAUCACAACAGCUUGGAAAGUGUUGAAAGGGAGAGUUCCUACUUGUGACAAUCUUCGCAAGCGACAAGUGAUUAUCCAGGAUUCGGAGAAGCUUUGUCUCUUCUGCAAAGGGGCAGAUGAAACCAUCGACCAUCUUUUCUUCGAAUGCCAGGAAACCGAUGAAAUUUGGAACCAUAUUUUACGAUGGGUGGGGAAACAAUCAGCUAGACAUCAUAAGGCGAAAGAUCAUCUGUUGGCUUUUGUUAACCUUGGAAACAAGAAGGACGCUCCUUUUCUUCUCGGAGUUUGGAUAUGUACGAUUUGGUGCCUUUGGAAAGGGAGAAACGAAUGUAAAUUCAAUCAAGGUACGUGGAGCAAAGAGAGAAUGACAGCGGAGAUCAAGAACAGGCUUUGGGGGUGGAGGACAGCUUUCAAGGUGUCUUCCUCCCCUCCGGAUUUCAGGCGGUGGUUUGUUGCGGUGAACUUGGAUGGUUAG